AUGUCCGACGAACAGCCCCACCAGUAUGUCAAUCCUGAGUGGUUGCAACUUCCGCGCCGUACAUCGAGAGAUGAGUGGCCCGAUACCCCGCAUAUGGUCAACGAACCACCAAGCUUCCGGAUUCAGGCAGCAACAAUGGAAUCCACUGGAUUUACCAUUGUAGAAUGUUCCGAAGAGCCGUCUGAAAAGGCGGUGGAAAAGGUCCUAGAAGCUUUCAAUCUUGCGUUAUCCCGCGGUCUGACAGGCUCAGAAGGACCCACCGUUCACUGCAUUGGUGGACAGGAGAGCGAGGAAUACUUGCGGACAGGAACGGAGGACAAGUGGAUUGAGAAGCUCGCUGAGCGCGAAUUUCGGAGGGAAUACAGAUGGAUCCAGGAACAAAGCCCGGUUAUCUUGCGCGGUAAGGACGGAGUUAUGGAAGGCGAUAUAAAGACCGCGCAUCCAUCCAAAAAAGCUAUCUCGAUCAUUCGAGUGGUCAGGGGGGAAAUAGAUCCAUCGCGUGGUCAAAUGAAAUUGUUCGGCAUGUCACAUCAUGGUCCCUGGCAGGUGGCGCAUCGAUUGACGAAUCGGCAUCUCCUUGUGAUGAAAGGAAUCUUAGAAUGGAAGCUCCAGCCCGACGAAGAAACCGUGCUUAUCUGGAAAGGAUUUUCGGAGCACCCGAUGCUGCAGGAUGUUCUAUCUCCGUCCGCUUAUCCUUUCAUGAUAUUCGCUGUACCCCUUAGUCUUGAAGGCGCAUUUCCAGAGCCCUGGAUGGCAGAUGUUGGUACCGAUGCAUAA